UUCAUUGUAUUCUUGUGUUUCUACGCUAGUCUGCGCUGACGUCACACUUAAUCGGUCGAGGAUGCAGGUUUUUUGAAUUGCUGAUUUAUAAAAGGUUAUUUUGUAUUAUUUUCUUAUAAACAUGAAGCUUAAAGAAUUAAAAAGCGUAUUGCAGCAGAUGGAAACAUUUCAUAAAUCGAAAUAUCAGUUGGAACAAUAUACAACACCGGCUGACAUAGCAGCAAAAAUGCUUUAUAUGAUUCACACUGCCUCCGGUUUGGGCAAUGCGGUUGCGGAUCUCGGAUGCGGAUGUGGUAUAUUAGCGAUUGGAGCAUCCCUACUUGGAGCAGACAUAUGUAUAGGAGUGGAUGUAGAUGACGAAGCAUUGUCGGUGUGUUUGGCAAAUUGUGAAAAAUUGGAGGUGACAAACGUCGAUCUCAUUCAGAUGGAUGUGGUACAUCUUGCAGAUUCGCGCUGGUCUAAAGUUUUUGAUACGGUCGUCAUGAAUCCUCCAUUUGGUACAAAAAAACGGAAAGGAAUUGAUAUGAUAUUUUUAAAAACUGCCUUGGGUUUAGCCAAAACAGCUGUCUACAGUAUGCACAAAACAUCUACCAGAGAGCACAUUAAGAAGAAAGCAGACGACUGGGGAGUUAACAUGGAAAUUAUCGAAGAAUUUAAAUUUGGCAUACCUGCCACUUACAGAUUCCACAAAAAAGCUGAAGUGCACAUAGAUGUUGAUCUCAUAAAAUUUACUUUCAAAGAUAAAUCUCGUGAUAGAAAUUAAUGUUUUAAUUUGGAAAAAUUUUUCCAUUUAAAUUUUUUCAAAAUAUUUUAUUUUUUAUUCUUACAAACAUAUUUUAUUAUAUUAUAGCAAAAUAAUCAUCACAGACUCAGAAAAUAUAUAAUAUUUACAUUUUUCUUCCUUUUAGAAUUAGUUUAAGUGAAUUUACUUCCCUAAUUAUCGACCUUUCCUUUAUCAGCAAAAACACAUUAACUACUACAACUAAUUCUAUGUACGAUUCUGAGCAAUAACUACUGUAGAUAUUAACUUGUAAUAUAAAUAUUUUAAUAGUCAUGUUCAUUAUGUAUAAAAUUACAUGUUACAUAAAGAGUAUUUAUGACUUUGUAAUAAAUAAAGAUAUGGAAAAUCUAUUAUCAAUUAUACUCGGCGUAACUAAAUUAAUACUGCGAUUUGACUAAGUUUACAUACAACCAAAGCUUAUAGUGCAUAACAAAAAUAAAUAAUAUGUAUUCAAUAUAACAACAACAAAAAAAAAUAUUGAAAUGCAUCUGGAAUGCAGUUCCGUAAAAGAAACAAAGUGCACGGUGAAUUACAUGAAAUUAAUCACAUAUUCUUGAUUAAUACAUAUAAAUUUCAUUAGAUGGAAAGCAAUUAAAUCCAGUAAGAUAUUAAAAUGGAGCAUGCUAUGCCAUUUGCUAAUGCCAUGACGUAUGCAGUAUGAA